CUUUUUUUGGCUUCAGAAAAACUUAAAUGCAAUGGCCAUUGAAGGUGUUAUAUCAAAAAAGACCACCAUGCCUCCAUUGCCCAAAGAUGAACACAAAGAUAUUCAAGAGCAAAAACCUUUAGUUUUUGAUGCCUCUGUGCUUCAACACGAAUCAGACAUACCCACACAGUUCAUAUGGCCUGACCAUGAGAAGCCUAGUGCCAACACACUAGAACUUCCAGUUCCACUCAUAGACAUAGGAGGCUUCCUCUCCGGCGACCCUGUGGCGGCCAUGGAAGCAUCAAGGCUUGUUGGCGAGGCGUGUCGAAAGCAUGGUUUCUUUCUUGUAGUCAAUCAUGGUGUCGAUGCCAAUCUCAUAUCUGAUGCUCAUCGUUUUAUGGACUUGUUCUUUGAGCUGCCUCUUUGUGGGAAACAGAGGGCUAAGAGGAAGAUUGGUGAGCAUUGUGGAUACGCUAGUAGCUUCACUGGAAGGUUCACCUCCAAGCUGCCAUGGAAAGAAACACUUUCUUUCAGAUAUUGUGCAGAUAGAAACUCAUCCAAUAUUGUUGAAGACUAUCUCCGGAACACAAUGGGAGAAGAUUUUAUCCAAUUCGGGAGAGUUUACCAGGACUACUGCAAUGCCAUGAGUACCCUUUCUCUUGGAAUCAUGGAGCUCUUGGGGAUAAGCCUUGGUGUAAGCGGAGCCCACUUUAAGGAGUUCUUCGAAGAAAAUGAUUCGAUAAUGAGACUCAACUACUAUCCAAGAUGUCAAAAACCAGACCUCACUCUAGGAACAGGGCCUCAUUGUGAUCCAACAUCUCUAACCAUCCUUCACCAAGACACUGUUGGUGGUCUUCAAGUGUUCGUAGACAAUGAAUGGAGGUCCAUUCGUCCAAAUUUCAACGCCUUUGUUGUUAACAUAGGCGACACAUUCAUGGCUCUUUCAAAUGGAACAUACAAAAGUUGUUUGCACCGGGCUGUGGUAAACAACAAAACUCCAAGGAAAUCUCUUGCUUUCUUUUUGUGCCCAAAGAAAGAUAAGGUAGUGAGCCCACCAACCGAAUUGGUGGACACUAAGAACCCAAGAAUGUAUCCAGACUUCACAUGGCCGACACUACUUGAGUUUACACAGAAGCAUUACAGGGCUGACAUGAAUACCCUUGAAAGUUUCUCAAACUGGCUUCAACACAAACCAGCUGAAGUCUCGUAAAUAGUUGUCGUUUCAACUGGUGCUGACUGCUGAGCUUGUUAUAUAGUAUCUUUUCUGAAUUCUGAUUACAACGACACAUGAGAAAGGGAGAGAGAAAGCAGGGGGGAGAGAAGGGAUACAAUACAAAGGUUUGUUUUUGCCAGGUUUUGGAGGAAGCACAGGGGUAUAAACGAAAGAGAUCGAAGGCCGGUUUUUACUCUUAAUGGGUGUCGUUAAUCAGGAGUUUAAGUGAAAGGUAGAAGAGAUGAUAGAACGAACAAAUGAAUAAAACGCUACACGAGACAAUUUUAUAAGUUUCUUUGGUUCUCUCUCUGCUUAUAAUUGCC